AUGAAUCAGGGAAAUUUUGUGGAGCUUGUAAAAUUCCUUUGUGAAAGCAAUGAGGAGGUAAAUAAUGUGUCUUUGAAUAAUGCCCCAGAGAAUCUCAAAAUGAUAGCUCCCUCAAUUCAGAAAGAUAUUACUAAUGUUGCUGCUAGUUUAGUUACCAGAGCUAUUAUUUCAGAUAUUGGGGAUAAUUUCUUCUCUAUACUAGUUGAUGAAGCUCGUGAUAUAUCAAUUAAAGAACAGAUGGCAAUUGUUUUAAGAUAUGUGAACUGCAACGGUGACAUUAUUGAGCGUUUUCUUGGUCUUGUUCAUGUUUCAGAUACUACAACUAGUUCACUUAAAGAAACGAUUGAGAUAAGUUUUGCCAAAAAUGGCUUGAGCUUGACAAAGAUUCGAGGUCAAGGUUAUGAUGGCGCAAGCAAUAUGAGUGGUCAAUUCAGUGGUCUGAAAAGCUUGAUUUUAGUUGAAAAUAAUUCUGCUUACUAUGUUCACUGCUUUGCACAUCAACUUCAGUUAGCUCUAGUAGCUUGUGCUAAAAAGGUUUACGCUUUGACUGAUUUCUAUAAUUUUAUAUCGUUGUUGUGUAAUGCAGUUGGUGCUUCUUGCAAAAGAGCAGAUAUUUUGAGAGAAAAGCAAUUUGAUGAGAUAGUCAAAAGUAUUGCAAGCGGUGAUGUUCAAUCAGGGAGAGGCUUGAAUCAAGAAAUGAGUUUGUCACGACCAGGGGAUACACGUUGGAGCUCACAUUACCGAUCAUUGGUAAGUCUUUGUACAUUGUUUGAUCCAGUGCUUGAUGUGCUAGACAUUAUAAAAGACGAUACAACCCUUAUGCAAGCAAAAAGGUUUGAAGCCUCUAGCCUUAUGAUGCGUAUGCAAACUUUUGAAUUUGUAUUACUUUUGAACUUGAUGAUCAAGGUCUUGGCAAUAACGAAUGAGUUGUCACAAACACUUCAAAGAAAAGAUCAAGAUAUUGUAAAUGCUAUGACUCUUGUAAAAGUUUCAAAGGUGUUAUUACAGAAUAUGAGGGAUAAUGGGUGGGAUAAUCUAUUUAAGAGGACUUCUGAUUUUUGUAUAAAACAUGAUAUAGAUAUGCCUGAUAUGGAAAGUGUACUUGCAUUACAAGGGAGAACAAAACGUAGAGGACCAAUUACUCAUCUGCAUCACUUUAAGGUUGACAUAUUUUAUGCAGUGAUAGAUACUCAACUUCAAGAGUUGGAUGAUCGUUUUAGUGAAGUUAGCUCGAAUUUGCUGGAACGCAUGGCGUGUUUAAAUCCGUCCAACUCUUUCUCGGCAUUUGACAAGAAUAAGUUGUGUGAAUUUGCUAGCUAUUAUCCUUCGGAUUUUGAUUUGAAUGAUUUUGUCAUGCUUGAAUAUCAGCUCGACACGUAUAUUUUUGAUAUGCAAAGUGAUCCUGAUUUUUGA